AUUGCGUUCGCCGCUCAGUGUCAGUAGUCAGUAGAGGACGUUAGCCCGCGUCCGCCGAACGCUUUCCUACGCAGUCAUCACACGUCUGCGACACUUCGCGCACGCGACGACGAUACUGCCUGAGAGCGUGGCGAGUGCACCGUGAUGUUUGUGCUGUGAUCUAGUGUACUUCACGUGGUAACCAACCUCUUGUGCUCUGGAUUGAUCGAGUUCACGAAAAUGGGUGAUUCAUUAGUGAAAGAGGACCCACUCUCAAGAAUCCAGCGGGAGAUAAUAGAAGUAACGGAGAGAGAGCGCGAGUUCAAGGAGGGACACUUCAGGAUCAAUAGAUUGAUGUCGGAAUCUACGAUUGACGUGAACAAACAAAACGGUCACGUUAACGGGAAUGGGAUCGACAAGCCAAAAACGUUGAACAGAGCCGUCUCCACGUCCCAGCUGCUCGGACCUAUAGCACCCUCGCCUCCCGCCACGCCUACCUUGCUAAGCACCAACGGCUAUACGCGAAGAUUCACCCCGCAAACAGGAACCAAAGGUUUAAUGCAAAGGUUUAUCGCAAACAAGGGAAAACUUCCGGUCACAUCUCCAGUAGGAGCGACCCCACCGUCCCCGGUCGCCAUCCCCGUGGCUCCCGCCUUUCCGCUGACCCCUAUAAUUCCCAUCUUACCACCAGAGGCUAUCACGCGGGCACCUGAAGGAAAACCCGUGAGGAAAGGUUUCGUCCCUGUCGAGGAGAAGAUCCAAAAGGAACUCCAAGAUAUGAAAAACAGGGAACACGAACUGAAACGAAUGAGGAAGAAAUACAAACCUUUCGAUCUAGAGCUCAGCGAUAAUGAAACUGAUUCAGAGUCUGAAGACGAAGAGAUCCCUCAGCCGGGAAAGUUGAAAGCCACGAAGUCUAUAGGAGAAUUAUACGAAGCUUUGAAUGAGGACGUAAGGUCACCCUCACCGAGAAAUAGCUCGGGGAACGACUCAUUAGGAAGUUUAAAACCUGCCAAAUCACUGGCUGAACUUUGUGAUCUAGGACCCGGCCAAGAGUUCCUCGCGCCCAGUUCCACACGGCUUAUCGCCCAAUGGGAGUCUAUCAUACAGCAGAAGCAAGAAGCGGGCGCAGCAUAGUGUUAGGUAACGGAAUGAGUAAUGUUAAAGUGUAUGACGCCAAAUUGGAUCGAAACAAACUCGUUGGAGCGGAAACGUUAGCGUCGACUGACGGAAGGAGCGUCUCCUGGACGCCGCGGUCGAACUGUAACGGAAUGUUUUGAAGGAGCGUGCCGACUGACUGGUAUGUCGUGAUCGUUCAAUUUAUCAGCUAACCCGCUAACGGUAUACAGAGCUCGAUGUCCGCGUGAAACAUUUCAAUCGCUCGAUUUCAUAUUUUUUCGGCCAAUCGAUUGUGUAGCAAUUAAUUUUCUAAAGAUCGCGAACAAUGCAAAUGAUGGUAACGAUAAUUACGUCGCGAAAGCGGCCAAUAUGUUGUUCGGUUUCACUGCUCGGUGGGAGCUGAUGGUUUCAACCCAUUGUUUGAUAGUUUUGAGGCGCAUUCAUGAGAACCUCCCGUUUUUACGUCGGCGCUUUCCCGACAGUAUUGAGCAGUAAUACACACGGUAGUGAUGUCGCUUUGUGAGUGGAUCUCAAGGAUUCACGCGUGCCUUAAUUUAUUAGUAAGUUCGUUGCUGUAAGUUAAUUAUUGAUUUUUAUAUUUUUGUAUCACAUCUUGCCUACUUUAUUCCUUUCAAGUGUUAUCAGUAUUUAAAGGACAUCCAAAGUUUAUGUCUGAGUGAAAAAUAUUCAAAGCCAAACAUGUUUUAAAUUUUAAACAAAAAUGAAUUCCGAAUCAAAAUUGAACUUCCUAAUUUUUGUGUUGGUAGUUUUCAAACUGCAAGAGAAGCCUUUUUAAUUUUAGGUUGAAGCUCAAACAUCGGCGUCACGUGGCCUGAUGUUGACGAGCGCGGUACGGUACUAUACGAUUGCCGUACUGCCCCCUCUUCAUCUCGUUACGGUGUGUGCACGUACUCAUACUACACUGACCUUUUUAGAUUUGCAUAUAACUCGUUGUCUAUGGCUAAGUUUAAUUGGUAAUGAUUAAAAAAGAACACGUUUAGGCGAAAUUUAUUUAUUGGAGUUGUUUACUGAAUGAGCAGGAACUGCUCGGUGCGCGGGCCACUGACCACCGAUCACUUUCAGUUGUAGUGGCGCUGCUAGCGUGGCACGACCACGUUGCGGCCGGCUCGUGCAUAUUCAUUGGUUAAUUGAGAAGAUACUUUCUAUCCGUUUUCGCUCUUCUUGUUUCUGUAUUUUACUUUUAUCAUACUUAAGUAUAACAAUAUUUACUGUCUUCGUUCAAUCUGGUUAUUCGAUUCAUGGUAAUUUUUUUUUAAGGUCGGUUUCUGUAGAUACCUAUAUCGAUGCUGAGAAUAUAAUAGUUUUAAAAGGAAUACAUUUAUAUCUAAUAAUAUUGUGAUCUGUGUUCAAUACUGCUUGUAACAAAUCUUUUACUGUAAUUUUAUCUGUAGUCAACAUUACAACUUCGUGCUACAGAUAAUUAAUGUAGAAACAGCACGUCGCAAUGUUGUCUAUAUAUUUUUAUAAGGCCUUGUUUACUCUUUCUUAAAUAAAAGCUGUUCUCGUACCAACUCAUACCUAUAAAAGGCCGGUUAGUAAGCAGUUUGUAAAGACAGCCUGCCUGUUUGUACGUUUUUAAAUGUUGAUAUAACUUUACAAUAUAUAAUUAACGGUAAAUACCAUUCUAUUUCAUGAACUCUUGAGUCUAAUUGCGGUAACGAGCUGAGAUGUUCUUGAGAUUUUAGUUAGUAAUAGUGUAGUGUGUUAGGGGACUGUAGGUUUCAUGAGUUAACUUCGUCAAUUAUAAAAAAUAAACAUCGAAGAAUUUAUAUUUAGACCAAACAUGGCGACUAUAGUUUAUUAAAGAAUGAAUUUAAUAUUGUUUUAAGCACAAGUAGUCAGUUUGCAAGAAUGUAAAGCAGUUUUUAUGAAUCGAGCCAUUGUUUCGAUAUUACUUUUGAUAAUUUUUAUAUAAAUGAACUAAUUGUGGGUGAUACUGAUCGAGUGUUCGUUACUGUCUACCAUAAUAAUUAUAAAUAGUCAAUUUAUUUUAUAGGAAUUGUAUUAUGUUAUUAAAUAUAUUCGUGCGUCGUUAUCAAUGAAAUUACGAGCUAAUCUAAUCAGUGCCAGAUACAUGCCGAUACAAUACUUUACCUGCUAUUGUUGUUGAAAUAAUACAAAAUAUCUAAUAUUAUGUAAAUUCUAUGUGAUAUUGAAUAUUGCCUUAUUGUUAAAAUGUAAUAUAUUAAAUUACCUAUACAUUAUCAAAUUGCAUACAAAUCCCAUAUAUACAAAAUGUGCUGUAAUAUAUUGUAAUUAAUUUAUAUUUGUUAGGGGUAUCGCAAUAAAUGUUGUCAUAAAUAUU